UCUACCUGUAAGCUUGUGUUUUGAAUAGCCAGUUAUUUAUUUUUAAUAUAAAUUUGAGAAGCUGAUUUUAGCUAGAUAUUUAUUAGUGCACUCGAUGGAUCGUUGGGCUGGUAAACUUGCAGUGGUUACGGGAGCCGCUUCAGGUAUUGGCGCUGCCGUAGCCCAGGCUCUGGAUCGAGCUGGACUCCAGGUGGUAGGAUUGGAUGUAAAAACGCACGUGGAGGCCAAGGAAUCCGAAAUAGAAUGCAAAAGAAACAUUACAUCCAAAUAUUGCGACAUCUCUAAGCUUGAAGAUAUUGAAAGGGUUUUCAAAUGGAUCGAAGAUAAUUUCGGAUCUGUUUAUGUUUUAGUAAACUGUGCCGGCGUUCUUUACCAAGGACAAAUAACAGGCGUUGGAGACAAUCCUUUAAGUGUGAAUCAGCUUGUCGAAACUUUGGACGUGAACUUGAAAGGGUCUAUUUUAUGUGCACGGACUGCUGUUGAAUGCAUGAAGAAAUACGACAUCAGCGGACACAUAAUUAACAUUAACAGUCUGGCAGGCCAUUAUGUGCCGUUUUCUUCGUCAAUGAACCUCUACGCCAGUACAAAGUACGCGAUAACCGCCUUCACGGAGACCCUUUCGCAGGAGUUGGCUCAUUUCUCCAACAGGAUUAAAGUUACGAGUCUAUCGCCAGGGUUGACAAAAACUGAGAUGGCAGCGCAUAUGGAUGAUGGCCUACCAGGCCUCGCGCCAAGCGAAGUCGCAGAUGCGGUCCUGUAUGUGUUGUCUACACCACCACAUAUUAAUAUAAGCGAAUUAACAAUAACAUCAGUGUUGGAGAAGAGAAUCUAGCGAGUUAUAUCUUGUUAUUCGUAAUUAAAUCUAUGCAAAC